AUGCAAAACAAUUGGAUUAAGUGCAUCAGACAGGAAAUAAAUGAUUUCAAAUGGCUUCCAUCAAAAAAUGCAAGAAUAUGCAGUGACCAUUUCUGUAAUAAAGAUUAUAAGGGUUAUGAUGGAGAAAGAAAGGUAAUGCUGAAGAAAAGCAUUCCCAUGUUUUCAAAAAAAUUUCUGGAAAAGUUUAAAAAAAUUAGAACAUAUGACUCUGAUCAAAAAUCAUUCGCGUUGACACUGCAUUUGUAUGGGCAUAAGGCAUAUGAUUAUCUUUGGACAAAUGGCUUACAUCUUCCUCACACUAGGACAUUAAGAAAGUAA